CAAGACAGAAACAAAACAUGAUUUCGUUUACGCAUGCACCAAUUUUCUUGUAUGGUUUCCAUACUACCGUAUUCUAUUCAUGGAAUGCCUCCAAUUUCUACCAAAAAUUACUGCAUAAGCUACCCUCAAUCAAUAAUAAGUGAUAACAACUAAACAAGUGUAGUCACAACGUUCUGAAACAAAUUGCUUAUUCUUGAGGUUAGGACAGUUUCAAUCCGUAAGAAUGGAGAUUGAUUUAGAAACAAGAGGUAUAGACCAUGGAAAUUUAGCUCUUUCCUUGUCAACAGCCAUUCAUUUGGUGUUACCUGUGAGUUUUCUAGCAAGCAAUCAUGUAUCCUUGCUUGUAUCUGGACUACUGUCUCUUGCAAUAUCUCAAAUACAAAGUAUAUGCAAGUGCAAAGCGUCCUCAAUCGGUCUGUGGCAGAGUCAACUAGUUUGGUGUGGUAUGCUGGGUCUAGUGUGUAGAGGUCUUGUGACGUCACUAUGUCACCGGUGGAUAGAAGGUCAUCUGAAUGUCACACCUGUCAUGUCUGCCCUCACGUGUGUGGGGGUCACUACCAUCUGUGCUCUUGGCUUGGAGAGAUCAGGCAUUCUGAGAUUUCUGCUGACAAUAAGCGUGGUAGCAUCUCUACUAUUAAUAGUUGCAAGCAGUGACUUGACUUUGUUUUUCAAGGAAAAUCAUCAGAAUAAUGUAACUGAACCGGCAAUCUCAACGUCUAUGGUAUCACAUACAACAGUACUUUUGCUGGCUGCAUUUCUACCUUCGCCUUCAACUCCAGGCGAACCUUUUUUGCUGACGGAGCAAAAAUCACUCACUUCCAAUGUGGUUGCUUCAGUUAUCUAUGCGAUCAUAACUUAUGCGUUCCAUCUGCUGUAUGUGAAAAGAAAUGCAACAACCAUUCCCCUCAACCCAGGUUCUUUCCUGAUUGAACUGCAGGAGUGUGAUUGGCGCAGACUUUUGGCGGCCAUUUUUCAAACCUUGUGCCUGGGUUUGGCUCUACCCGACGUGGUGUUGGGUGCAGCCGCCUCUACCCUACGCCUCUGUGGUAGGGUUGUACCCAGGUGGUUUGCCAGGGAAACCCUGUUUACUGGCACUCAUGUGGCUGCUUUCGUUUUCUCUGGUCUGAUAAGCACAGUCUUAACAUGGUUCUUCCCAAUCGGCUUCCUUGUGGAGCUCGUUUGCUUAGCUCACAUCGGCUCCGAUGGUUUAGAUGCACUUCAGACGCUCUACGCUCGCUUUCAACCCACUUACUAUCAUCAUAAGGAACGAGGCAAGUCAGCUCGCUACGAGAUGCUGGCGACGAGCGAAGGCAGCGCCAUCAUGAAAGAAGCUAAAGAGGGAGGGGAGAGCGAGGAUAGCGGGAACAGCAGUGACACUGACAUAGAUGCGGCUGUAGCUGAGUUUCGCGUCAGGACUGAGGUGGUGGAAGAUCUUUCGAAGCCUGUACCUUUGGAACCCACUCCUGAAUCAGGUAGAAAGUCUGUUGUAUGUCUCACUACAGCUGUGGCUUUGUUUCUGCUCAGUGGUAUUCUACUCAGGCAUUCUUGGACUGUUCUCUCUCUUCUACCUAUCGUUGUUGGUGUAGUGGUAUUACUGGUCCAAUCAAUGCUGCCAACUGUAUCCAUUGCUUCUGAGGAGUCCGGGAAUUUUAUGGUGUGCCUAUGUUUGAUGAUUGACUGUCUUCUGAUAUCCCAAGUUUCAUUGGAAAUUAUAAUUGUUGGCAUUUUAUGGCAUAUUAUUGGUCAACUACUCAGCUUCAAAUACAACUCGCGGCGUUUCCAUACUGUGACCCAACGCCUGAAAUCGCUGACUUCAGCCAAACCACGUGCGCCGAUCAAUCAGAGCGAUUCCCUCCAUAUUUUGCAGUGAUGCCAACUGCUGUCUUGAGCGACACAAAAAUCCAAAAUUGUUUCGUCCACUUGUGAAGCCUUGUAGAGAUGUUUUUGCUGCGUUAGUUGAACACUUGAAGUAGAAGAAAACAUUUUCAGCAGUUGAUUUUCACCAUAACAUUUGGAAGAUUAUUGUGGAGAAAAAGGAGUAGGAAAGUUCAAUGGAAGGAGGAGCAGAAGAAAAUGCUGAAGAAGGACGAGGAAGAAUCAGAAGAAGAAAGAUGAGAUUAAGUAAUGACAGCAAGUGAAGUGUUUUUCACAGAUAACGUCAAUUCAACUAAUGCUGACAGUUUUUAAAUGAAUCUGACGAUAGGACAAUAUAGGCCCAGUUGUUGAUUGGACGUUUCAAUACUGUUCACUGGUUGUAUAAAAAGUCGAGCCGCUAGUUGUGUGGCACUCAAAUCCCGCAGUUGGUUGUAAGAUUCAACAGCCAUGCAUUUGAAAGUUCUAAUAUUUCUUGGCAUUUUUCUGAUAGACGGAUGUCUCAGCGCAAACUGGAAUAUUUGGUGGUAUCCAUCAGAACAAAGGAGUUACUCAGACAUUGAUUAUCAACAGCAUGGACACAAACAUAUUUCGGACACUCCACAUAGUUACUAUGGACAUUGGCCCUAUGGAGGAGGUCAUGGAGACUGGGAUGGUUUGUGGGAUCCAUUAGAACAAAGGAGUAAUUCAGGUAUUGAUUAUCAACAGUCAUUCCACAAAACUGGAAACAAGACAUUGAAGUGCGUCAUCAACAGAAAUGGAAAAUUGGUUACGAUUAUAAAGGCGGACGGAAAUCCUGAAGGAUCUGAUCAGGGUCAUGGACAAUAUGCAGGACCAUAUGGACCCCAGAAGCAUGGACACAAACAUAUUUCGGGCACUCCAUCUCAUCAAUACAAUGGACAUUGGCCCUAUGGAGGAGGUCAUUGGGGAAGGGAACUAGGUCAAGUAGAUGGAGGUCAUCAUGGAGGGGGUCAUGGUGGUAGGGAUCUAGGUCAAGUGGGUCAUGGAGGAAGACAUGAUUAUUAUCAUAAUUAGCAUGUGGCAAACACAUAGACACACACCUCCCUGUGUCAAAAGACUUUUAAUAAAAUUUACUGUGACAAAAAAGUUUUUUGGUUAUUGAAGAAAUAAAAUUUUAAACAGCAA